AUGUACGAUCUGAAAAAAGCAAUGGACGUAUAAUAAUGUAUAAGUUAUGUCUUCUCUGUCUCCUUCACUUUUUUCUUGAUCUUGAGAAUGAAAUCCUUAAUUUCUCAUGACAUGGUAAAAUUUACUUGUAGAAUGAAACAUUUUUACUCUUUGAUUUCACAUAGAACAGAAAUGCGUAUGCUAAGCUGGUUCAAACAACAGAAAGUGAAAAAGGACUUGCUAAAUAUCAACCGCAAUACAAUUAUUAUUUCAAAAUCUCGUGAUAUUUAUGAAAAUUUAGCUUUUGAAGAUUGGUUAUAUACAAAAUGUGAUUUGACAAAAAGAGAUAUUUUUAUUCUUUUAAUGUGGUAUAAUGGACCUGCAGUAGUAUUAGGUCGCCAUCAAAAUCCAUGGUUAGAAUGUUCUUUAGAUUUUUGUGAAGCUAGCGGAAUUAGUAUUGCCAGAAGAAAUAGUGGAGGCGGAACGGUUUAUCACGAUUAUGGCAAUUUAAAUUGUUCUUUUUUCACUCCUCGUAGCAAAUACGAUCGCAAAAACAAUUUGCAAAUAAUAUGUGAUGCAAUUCGUGACCAUUGGCUGUUGGAUCUACACAUUUCUCAACGGGAUGAUAUUUUACUUAAUGAAGAUUACAAAAUUUCUGGCACUGCAUCAAAAUUAGGUCGUACUAAUGCAUAUCAUCACUGUACUGUCUUGAUAAGUGUAGACGAAGUCAAGUUGAAGCAAGCAUUACAUCGAGAGUUGCCUAAGGUUGAAAGCAAAUCAACCCAAAGUGUACGUGCCAAAGUAAAAAAUUUGAAGUUAUUGUGCCCAGAUAUAGAUAUUUCUCGAAUGAUAAAAGCAGUUACCAAAGAAUAUAAAAAGAAUUAUAAUGUACAAUGCGAAGAUAUCUUCGAUUUGGACAUAAAUGAAGAUAAUUGUCCCGGAUUGAAACCCAUCCAAGAAAAACUGAAAAGCUGGCAGUGGUGCUUUGGACAUACGCCCCAAUUUACAAUAACAAAAUCAUUUCCAUUAUGUUUUUCAUUUUCCCAAUGGCAACUGAAGCAGUUACCUUCUGAAUUACAAAUUAACCUCUCUGUAAAGAAAGGCGUUAUUGAGGAUAUUUUCCUGAUGCCUCAAGUUUUAGAAUUACAAAGUUUUAACUCCUUAAGGUGUAGUAUUCUUGGGUCUCGUUUUGUACCUAAACUUAAUAUUUCCUUUAAAAAUGCAACUGUUGCAGAUGAAGUGCUACUAAAAUUCAUUAUCAGUUGCAUAAAACAAAUGAUUUCAGACCUGUAUAGGUGAAAUUAUUUAUAAUUAUAGCUGACAAAUGUCACUUCUAUUACAAUUUAGCUGUAACUUUAUUGGCUCAAAAAUAUAUUCUCAACUGUAAAAUUGGAUGAAAAUGUGGGUUAAAGUUUCAUGUUCAAAAUUAUAAAAAAUUGUCAGAAGCUGUUCUUCCAAAUAUCCAUUAUAUUUAAUGCUUUAUGCUCAAAAUAAAUUUAGAUUAGUUUUAUUCAUGCUUUUUAAUCAAGACUUUUAAAUUUGACAAGUAGUAUGAAUUACUUUGCAUUAGAAACUCAGAUUGUGGUGAAUCUUAUUUAUAGAAACAUUAAAUAUUUUCUCUUUUAGCAAUAUCUUAUGAUUUUCACCUCAUGAAAUGUACUUUUUAGAACAUUUGCUAGAACUUGUCUUUGCAAUAUUAUUUAUUUUUGGGGACACUGCUAAUUUCUAAGAAUCUAUUUUUAGUAGCCAUGUUUUUGUAAUCUUUGAUACUAACCUUCACCACUAAAUGGUGCCAUAGUAAAAAUCAGCAUCAAAUGAGUAAAAUUAACGAUUUUGUGAGAGAAAGAAAAGUUCAUGACCCCAAAGUAAAUAUUUACCUCAUUUUUAAUUCAUUUUCUGUCUUUGUAUUUGUAAAUUUAAUCAACUGAAUUUUAUUUUGUUAUAAAAGAGUAGUACUUUAAAUAUUUUGCUUAUGAGAAAUUAAUGAUAGUGCAUCCUGAUUGACCAUCAUUUUGAUUUUCUUAAACAACGUGGUAAUUGUACCUUGGGACAGUCAAACAUUCUGUACCUUAGGACAUGUUCCAAGGUACAACAUAUGCAUGGAUCUUAAUAAUUAAGAUAUGUUUCGAAACCUGGAACAAUGUUAUAGUCUUAUGUAGUCUUUUAAACACAUUUAAUGUUAGAUAAUAAUUAUCUAACAUUAUAAGACGUUAUAAAUAGAAAUAUGAAAAGUGUCUCAAAGUACAACACUCUCCCCUAUUAUAAGUUUAUUUCAAUGUCUUGAAUAAAAGCAAAUAUUCUUAAAAUAAAGAUCUUUCACCUCACCUCAGGUUUUACCUUAACAAAUUUAUUUUCUUAAUCAUGUAUUAUUAUGCUCCAUUUGCUCUAAAUUAACUCCACUGCACAUUUCUUCAGCUGUCAAGUCAUCUCAGCUACCCUUUUCAAGAACUAAGAUCUUUUAUCACCCGAAAAACUUUUUUAUGGUCCUGAUGCAAAAAAAAUUGCCAAACUUGCUUUAUGGACAUUCAGAGAUUUUUUAUUAUUAUUUAUUCAUAAACAAGACAACAACAACAUUCAUUAUUUGUCAAAAUUAUUUUUAAAAAGAAAGAAAGUUUUUCUCUAUUUUGAAGUAGCUUGCUUUAGACUUUCAUAUUGGAACAUAAGCUUUUUUCCCUCCUAUAGUUUGACUAUCGACAGGUUCUUUUUUUUUUCUUUUAUCAGAGUUCUUGCUUCAAUUCAAAUUUUAUUUGCCAUAUUUAUUUCUAAAUUAAUGCAUUUAAAGUACAUUCUUGUCCAAUAAAAAGCUUUCCUUCACCUUUUUCAUCUUUAUGUAUAGACUGGAGCAAAGGAGAGUCAGAGGGGACAUGAUUCAGUUAUUUAAAUUUAUCAAAAUAAAAGAUGUAAAUGGAUUAAAUUUUUGCGGGGAAAGCAGGACAAGGGGUCAUUGUUUUAUCCUAUUUAAAUCUCAGGCUAACUUGGAAAUCAUUAAAAACUACUACUUUAGCAGGGUCAUGGGCACUUGGAAUAGCUUACCGGAAGAGGCGGUAAUAAGCAAGGGAGUGGAUAGCUUUAAGAGGGCCAUUGAUCUUCAUUGGGGACUAAUUAAUUGACUAGGACCAGCCUAGCUGGGCCCAGAGCCUGUUGCUGGUCGUCACAUUUGUGUUUGUAUUUAGUUUUACUUUUCUAAGAAAGUUAAUUUAUCGAUAUUUUCUUUAUAUUCUUCUUUUCACUUUGAAUCCCAAUACAGUGAAACCUGUGUAAGUUGAUCACUUGCGGUGCAGUACUUUGGUGGUCAACUUAGACAGGUGAUCAACUUAUAAAAGGUGGUAAUGAUUUUUUUUUAAUUUUUUGUCAUUUCUUGCACCAUGUAUUCAUUUUUUGACUAAUUGACACUUACUUUUUCUGUUCUACUCACUUUUAUUGUUUAACUUUACUUUGAAAUAAUAAUUUAAAAUGUUAUUCAAAUAUUUUUGUUUUUUUCCCCUCAUUUUUUACUAAAUUAGACACUGUACUUUUAGAAAUUCUAUAUGUGUCAGCUAAUUUUCUAUGACUUUCUCCCUUUUCAAUUAAUUUUAAUAUUUUAUACUUUUUAUCAAUCUCAAGUUGAACUUUCUUUUUGAAGCCAUUUUAUAUAAAAUUUAUAACACAAAGAGCAACAAGUUGGAUUCUUCUAGUUCAUAAAGGCAGUUGGAAAAGUUCUAUCUCUUAAUCCCUUGCACCAGAAAUAAGUAACUUUUUUCUGUUUAGCACAAUUCAAGUGUUGCCACAAAAUAUUGAAACUGGAAGAAAAGACUUGGUACUUUUCUACUGACACCUGUUUUCGUUGAACAGAGAAAGCUUUUUGCUGCUGGUUUAUUUAGUUGGUAAAAUGCUGGUCUGGCAUCAAAAUUAUUCUUGGAAAGCUAUAAAAAAUAAUGAUAAUAAAAUAAAAUAAUUUGCUUGAUUAAGUUUAAAAAAAUAAACCAAGUGGUCAACUAACAAAGGGUUUUUUACAAUACUACAAACCAAAUUGAUGUGCAUUAGUGGUCAAAAUAGACAGGUGGUCAAGUUACAGAGGUUUUCCUUUAUUAUACAAAAUAGGUCCAAUUCCGUUCCCGACAAAAGCGGUCAACAUAGGCAGGUGGUUAACUUUACAGGUUUUGCUGUACUUUGUUUUAUUAUUUACAUCCUCCUUGCUUUUGGUACAUCACUUGUAACCAUCCGGUAGACAACCAUCUUGUGUACUGAUUUUUUUGCUAAACGGGCAGGAAUGAAAUGCCUUAUAGAUUGUUGGGAGGCCUAAAAGGACGUGGCAGCCUUAUCAGUAUGGCCUUGAACUUAUAACUGGAGGGUUGUGUGUUUGAUGCCAGCCCAUCAGAUAUUCUCUCUGUUGUCUAACGCGAUUGGCAUACAUUAAGUUGGUUAUCGUUGCAUUUUGUUUUCUCAUAAAAAUGCUAAAGUUGAUGCAAACAUAUUUCAUCUGCUGUAAAAAUGUCAAAUUUUAUACAAAAUAUUUAUUUUUCCUGCUUUUAAAUGGUUAACACUAUUUCAGAAUUACUAUUUUCAUUGAUACAUUGGCUGCCACAAAUUAAGUUUUUAAUUUUCUACUCAGAUAAAUGUUUUUGAAAUGCUUUGGUUCCGUUGUUAUUCUCUGCUUGUUUAACAUUUAAAGCAAAUUAAACAAAUAUUUUAAUUGAAAUUGUUUAUUAUGUGUAAAACUGUCUGCCAUGUUAUGAAAUAUAAACAAAAAUGUUUUUGCUUUUGAUAAAAAUUGCAAAUUCUUCUAAAAUAAUUUGCUGACAUUUUAAAAGUUGCUUGUUCUCAGCUUUAGUUAUGAUAAAUGGACUUGUUCACAAAAACUAUUCAGAAAUAUGUUGCAAUAAAAGUAGUAUCAGUUAACCGCAGAACAGUUGACAAAUCUGAAAUUGUUUUAAAAUAUUUGAAUCUUAAAUUCUUCUGUUUAAAAUUUUAUUGUGUGUAAAAUGUUGUUACAAUAAAAGUUA